AUGUUCCAAGCCGGGCGCUUUAUCUGCGGUCUCGGAAUCGGCAUCCUAGUAACCGUGUGUCCUAUGUAUCUGUCUGAGAUGUCGAGCGCCUUGCGCCGCGGCUGGCUUGUCGGUCACCACGCGAUUUUCUUGGUCUUUGGAUAUAUGCUUGCAGGAUGGGUCGGGUUCGCUUGCUACUAUGCAACAGGUCCUCUACCCGAAUUUGGCUGGAGAUUUCCCUUGGCUCUCCAAUGCUUGCCCGCUUUGGUGCUACUUCUGGGAUCUCCUUGGCUCCCGCGCUCGCCUCGCUGGUUGAUUACAAAGGGUAAGUUUGACGAGGCUCAGUACGUCCUUGAACGACUCCGCGAAUCACCGGACGAUCCCAACAACCUGGCUGCCAAGGAGGAGUUCUUCCAGACCAAGGAGCAGAUUAGACUUGAAGCUGAAAAGCUGGCCACUUAUGGUAGUGUAUGGAAGGCAGUAUUCAAAAAGAAGACAUACCGAAAGCGAAUGGUCCUCGGAUUCCUCACUCAGUGGGGCGCUGAAUUUGGUGGACCUCUUAUUAUCAACAAUUAUGCGGUUCUUUUGUACACAAACUUGGGCAUGGAGGGCAGUAUGCCUCUGCUCCUCAGUGCUGUCUGGCUGACUACCGCCGGCGUGAUAUACAAUCCUUUGGGAGCCUGGCUUCACGACAAGGUCAACUCUCGGCGUGGCAUGUACAUGACUGGCUUCGUGGGCAUCGUUGUCACUACAUCCUGCCUGGCUGCUAUGACCGCCCAAUACUCCGGUACUACCAACAAGGUCGGAAACGGAUUUGGAAUUUUCUUUAUAUACCUGUAUCUGGCCUUCCAAGGUACAUUUUGUGAUACUACCAUGUAUCUCUAUAUUCGUCCGAUUGGCAUGGGAUUCUCUCUCUUCGGUCAAUUUGCUGCAACUCUCAUCCUUUUGCAAACCGCCCCCAUGGGCUUCGGAAACGUUGGUUGGAAAUACUACCUAGUGAUUAUUUGCUGGUCUGCAUUCUUCAUUCCAGUUAUCUACUUUUUCUUCCCGGAAACCGCUCGUCUUACCCUGGAGGAAAUUGCACAGAAUUUUGGCGAGGAAGUGGCUGUUCACCUCACAGAUGCCACUGAUGAAGAAAAGACCCAGCUAGAUCACCAGCUUGUUGAUUCGAACAGAAUUGUCGAGUCGUCCGUGAGCUCUGAAGCUGCCAAGUAUGGGGCAAACGACGCACCGUCGCCGGUAGACGGGGAGCAAACUGUGACUAAGGCCGAAUAA